AUGGGGGCCGCCCACUGCUGCGCAUCCCACACGGUGAUAUUCGGGUUGCUCACCUUGCUAGUGUAUUCAACAGUCUUUGCUGCAGCAUCAGCAGCAGCAGCAUCAGCAGGGGUAACUCGCGCACCAGACAUGCCCAAUGGACCUUCAAAGAAUGGGGAUGCAGUGUCAGCUGUCGUGCCUCAGGAUUCGGACUCGCCCUCCUUGGGGCACUUUUGGGGAGGCUUCGAGUCGUUGGUAACUGGAAGAGGGAAGAAACAACGACAAGCAUCUCAGCGGUUGGCUGCUACCGCUGGAUUGGUGGCGGUUGUGUGUUUAUCAGUGGCCUUUGUUGUGUUGCAAUGCGCACGAAAGUCAUUGUUUCCGAGAUUGUCUGGCUCUCUGAAUAAAAGGGCUCUCUCGGACUCAGGUUGGCAGCAGAAGGACAUUUGCACUGGAGACGGGGAGGACGAAGGUGAAGGGGGGGCUUGGGGUGGGGUGCCAUGGGAGGAAGUGGAGCCUUCAUUAGGAACGGGAGAGUCCAAGGCUGUCGAGACACUACAGGAAUUGCAGCAUCUUAUGGUUCUUGGGGCGCAAACGGUACAGGCUUUUCCCACUGACAGACAGGCACUUGUGCUUGUGCUGCUGCUUACGGUCGCCUCGCAAGAACUGCUUGUGUUUGCGUUUUAUUCAACUGAAGUAGUAGAGACCGAGCGGCAGGCGACAAUUAAUUUCGUUUGCGAUAUUAUGACAACGUUUCUGCAGCAACUAAGUGAAGAAGUUCUGCGUAGUGAUGUUGCGCAACAAAUAAAUCCAUUAAUGACGAUGUUAGAACUACUUAGAACUUCACCACCGGACAGGACAUCUGAAGAUCUGGAUGUCGAGGCAACCCUCUCUCUCUUUAGAGUUGCACAGGCUAGAAGAACUCUAUCAGAGCUGCUUUUCUGGGUAGGAACGGGAGAUCCGGUUCCCGAAAGCGUGAGCAAAAAGGCCCUCAAACUUGUCGGGUACGCGCGGCAAGCUGGAAAAUCAAGACUCAAAGGGGACUGCUGGCUACGUGAGUGGAUGGGCAUGAUGCAAGAGUUUCUUGGUUUCUACGAGGUUUAUGAACCCUAUGACGAUUAUGACUCUGUAUUUUGCCGCCUGUCAUUGAAAGAAGAAAUGAAAAAGCUUACAGCACGUUUCGGAAGGCUCGGAAGGAGUUUUUUUAGUGCUGUCAGCGUUGCAAAGGGGCUAGAUCCGCCGCCACCGGAAGUUACACUGGGGCCACAUCAUGGGCGUCCCAGGCGCAAAAAAAAAAAAAACCAGCAGCAUCAAGCCCAUCAUCCAGCCCAACACUUCCCCACGAGCAGUGCUGCUUGGAGCACCGGCCCGCAAUCUGUGUCGCAACAGCCCACGGGAAGAGCUAGUGCACCGGCGCAGCCUUCCUGGCUUCUUGGAGGCCCUGACCAGCCAAGCUUACCGACAAAGUCGCCCAAUACGCGCUCCCGUCGCGCGCCCGUACCACCACGGCUUCGUAGGAAAAACCGGGAACAAGAGGAUCCUGCUUCUCACCCUGAGGGCGGGCAUCAGUUCCCUCCUGACUCCGCUCCAAGGGUGCAGCAGCCGAGUCAAGGCAGGCCGCACCAGCAGUCUUUGCCCUCCGCUUCUGCUCCAGUGCCUGUUUUACCACCAGCAGACGCAUCCCCGCUCACACCGGACGACUCUUCAGAGACGGAGGAGCAGGUGGAUGAGCAGCUGGAGGAGCGGCUAUCCGAGCAGAUGGCGCGUAUUUUAACCGUUGCGAGGGGUGUUUGGGGGCAAUCCCCCUUCGGCUCUAAUGGCCCUAGCCAACCCUCUUAUGCUUAUACCGGUGCGGGGAGCUCUGAGCCUCCCCAUAGUACACUGACUGUGCCUCGUCACCAGAGUACUCUUGGACUGGUUGGCGCAGUAUCAGGACAUUCCGGUGACGGCAUAGUGGGACUCAACUCGCAGGGGGCCUCCACCCAACCACACCAUCGUGGAGCCUUUCCUCCACGCCAUCCGUUUUCUCAUUCUACUCACGGGGCGCCUAGCGGAUUCCCUCAGCCGAACUUCCCGGGUUUCCCUUCGCACACUCCACAGCGUGGUUUUACACCUCCCCAACAACCCUCUCGAGGUCCGCUGCCGAAACCACCUUCCAGUCGCAUUGGUACUGUGGGAUUCCUUAGGACUUCUGAGGGUGGGGGCACACAAGGAUUAUUUCCCCCGCACGGUACGCCACAGGCGGGGGACCAAGGUCCUCGAAGGCCUCAUGCUGCUGGAGCAUUUCCAACUUCAGGGCCUUAUGGGCCUGCGGGAGCUCAGCAGCCGCAAGAAGAGGUGGAUGGAUGGCCUAGAGUUCUACCUCCUCACCCACCUCCUCCCUCUAGCGCCACGUGGGGGCCCUUUACACUUGGGGGAGGCGGCAUGCAGCAACCCCAAGAGAGCCAGGGAGCCUCUCCACCUGCUGACGUGACACAGCAGACAGAGGAGGCUUCAGGAUGGAGUCUGUGGGGCGGCAAAGGGAACGGCAACCGGCGAUGGUGA